UUGGACAUUCCUUUCGCAAAACCAAGUAUCGAAUGAACGUGUCCAAUUACGAAUUCCGACACACCAACAGCAAGCAAUGAGCACUCUCUGGAAGAGGACAAUGACGAUGACGACGACAUGUGCCUGCAGCAACAGAACCCGUCAAAGAAAUAGAAGAUGUCGACAUUGAAGAGAGAGGAGGGGGAAGCGCCCGAUCUAAAUUGGCGGCAUUCUUGGACUCAUGAGUAGCACAACAACCCUGCCCAAAGCCAUUGGCGCCAAUGAGGAACACGAGGAGCAGGAAUUGGCUCAUUUACUGGAGGAACACACGUACACCAAACCAACCAAUUGUGACAUCUGUAAGGGCCUGUUAGUUGGCCUCUGGUCCCAAGGACUCCAAUGCAAGCUGUGUGGGCUCAAUGUGCACCGUGGUGAGGGAGUGGGAGGUCAUGAUGAUUGCCGUGCGGAGGCUCUCUUCAAGGGAUGUCCAGGCUGCCACAAUGAUGUAUGUGUCCCAACUACCAAGGAGCCUGUACGAGUGCGAGAUGUCAUUGAACAAAUGCGGCAAAUGGCCAACGAAAAACCCAACUUUUUCCGGGAAAUCAGAGAUCAAAUGGACAAGGACAUCAAUUCCCAAAUCAAAGGCAUGAUAGUGUCCGCAUCAGCAGAGGAACACAAGACCAAAAGCUUGCUGCGAGCACGAAAUUCCAUUGUUCCCUUCAUUCAGAAGGUGGACAGCGUGGAAUCUUAUGGAAUCUGGUUUGCCUAUUCUCUUCUAUGCUUGGGGCAUUUGGCCAUUGGCGCAUUGGUUGCUUGCAUUGCCUGGAUUGGCUUUGUACUUGUACUCUUUCCGAGGCAUGGCUUGUUCACUGUGUCCUCGUUCAAGUUGGCACAUGUCCACAACAUGACAGUCCUUUACUCCUUCCAUUGCUCUCUGGUCAUUAUCGUGCUUUUGCUACGACGUCUCAUCAGUCUGAUGAAUCGCAAAUGCAACCUUUUGGAUCAAUUCUUGCGUGAAGUCUUCAAGCUGGAAGCCGAGGUAGAUCUUGGUGUAUCUGUCAACGGCGUUGCCAAACGAGCUCAGCUAUGGAUCCGCCGCAUUACGGUGUCAAGUUCUGUGACGUGCAUUGCAGCAAUGCUGCUCUGGCAGGCAUCCCAGCCUUCUUCCUCGUCCUUCCAGCCAUCAUCCUCUGUCUAGCUAGCUAGCUAGCGAAGUGAGUAAUUGGUUCACCAUUUUUGUGGUUUUGUUCACCAUUGAGGUUGUCCUUUGGUUUUGUGGAAAGAGUUCCAAGGUAUUGUGCAAAAUUAGGAAAUAGAGGCUAUUAAUUAAUAUUAGAUGCAAAGCUUAUGCAGUU